GUUCGUUAGGUCGUGAAAUUAGCACUGAGACGGUUAUGAAUCAGCACUGGGAUGGUUCACCGGAUUGUGAAAUCAGCGCCGGGAUAGUGGUUUGCUGGGUUGUGAAAUCAGCACCAGAAUG